AUGAAGAGCCUGGCUGUGCUGGUGGUGGUGGUGGCGGUGGUCGGUGCCGAAAGCUUAACCAACGUCGUCCGCGAUGAAUGGAACGCCUUCAAGCUGGAACACAAGAAAUCCUACAAAACCGAGACCGAGGAAAAGUUCCGUAUGAAGAUCUUCGUUGAGAACAAGCUUGACGCGGAAAAACACAACCGGCGCUUCGAGCGCGGCCAGGAGACGUACCGCCUCGGCACCAACAAGUACUCGGACCUGCUGCACCACGAGUUCGUGCACAUGAUCGGAUUUAACCACACCGCCAAGAGUGAAUUGUCUGUCGGCAGCCUCAAGGAGGGACUAACUUUGCGCGGCGCUACGUUCCUGUCACCUACCAACUUGGCGGCACCGAAGACGAUGGACUGGCGCACGGAGGGCCUAGUCACCGAAAUCAAGGACCAAGGAAGUUGCGGUUCCGGCUGGGCAUUCAGCGCCACGGGCUCGCUGGAGGGGCAGCAAUUCCGCAGUAGCGGCACCCUCGUGUCGCUUUCGGAGCAGAAUCUGAUCGACUGCUCGAAAAAUUACGAGAAUAACGGCUGCAAAGGCGGUUCCGUGCCUCACGCCUUCACUUACAUCCGUGACAAUGGAGGCAUCGACACGGAUGAGAGCUACCCCUACGAAGAGGACGACGAAGACAAGUGCAGGUACAACCCCAGGAAUGUGGGCGCGAAAGUAUCGGGUUUCGUGGACCUGCCGAAGGGUAACGAGAAAAAGCUAAUGGAUGCCGUGUCCUCCGUGGGGCCUGUCUCUGUUACCAUCGACGCUAGCCAGCCGUCCUUCCAGAAAUACACCACUGGAAUCUACUACGACAGCAGAUGCUCCUCCACCAGGCUCAAUCAUGCGGUGCUGGUGGUAGGCUAUGGCUAUGAAGAGGUUGGCGGCGACUACUGGCUCAUCAAGAACUCGUGGGGACGCUCGUGGGGGAUGCUCGGCUACAUGAAGUUGGCACGCAACCGCGACAACCACUGUGGCAUCGCUUCGGCUGCUUCCUACCCGCUCGUCUGA